AUGUGUGAUGCCAAUGAAACUGAGUUUUCGGAGUUCCUCUUGCUUGGAUUUCAUGAGUUCCACAAUCUUAAGGUUCUAUUGUUCUUCCUCUUUCUUUUUUUUUAUCUUUUGAUAGUGACUGAAAACUGUCUGAUUAUUACAAUUGUGUCAUCUUGCCAACACCUUCAUGUCCCCAUGUACAUCCUCCUCCGGAACCUGGCACUGACGGACAUCCUCUUAACUUCUAACAUCAUGCCUAAAUUGUUAGAGGUGACUUGGUUAGGCGGGACAGUCAUAUCCAAAAUGAGCUGCUUCUUACAAUUCUACUUCCAUUGCAUCGCAGCUUAUAUACAAUCUUUGGUUCUUACAGCAAUGGCUUUUGACAGAUACUUAGCCAUUUGUUACCCUCUCCAAUAUUCUUCUGUUAUGAAUCAGAAACUCUUCUUUCAUCUGGCAUUUUGGCCUUGGACAAUCCCCAUCAUCCUGCUUAUAAGUGAAACAGUUUUAGUAAGCCAGAUUGGUUUUUGUGGUUCCAGAGUCCUAGACCAUUUCUACUGUGAUGUUGUUCCCAUUUUGGAAAUUGCCUCUACAAACACUUCUAAAGUACAGUUCGAAGACUUUUUAAUGACAGUUCUUUUGUCAUUUAUACCCUUUGUUCUUGUUGUUAUAUCCUAUAUAUGUAUAGUAAAUGCUAUCAUCAAGAUCAAGUCAAGUGACGGUAGACGGAAAGCCAUCUCAACAAGCAGUUCCCAUCUUGCAGCCGUGUGCACCUAUUUUGGACCUAUAAUCACCAUCUAUAUAUUUCCAGUAGGGGGGAGCACACCUUAUGAAAAUAAAAUGAAAUCUUUGCUAUAUACAACCAUAACCCCUUUAAUUAACCCAAUGCUUUAUAGCAUGAGAAACCACGAGAUCAAGAAAGCUGCACAGUUACUGUUUCAGAACAGAAUGUUUUUCAUAAAAUCAUUCUAA